AUGUCUAUUGUAACGCGCGAACAGAUUGAAAAUACACGUAGGUGGGUAGACGCAUUCUUCAAAGCAUGUGAUUCAUUUGAUGUCAACGAUUGGAUUACUGACUUUUUCCAACCGGAUGCAACUAUUCAUCUCGGCAAUCAUCCGGUCAUGCAAGGACACGAGCAAAUUAUUAAGCAAUAUGAAGGCUACUAUUCGUUUUUAUCAUUUGUUGAACAUACAGUUCAAAGUGUGGAUAUUUCAGCGGAACGGUGCUAUGUUCGUGUUCGAGUAGCAUCAAUUUUAAAAAACGAUCCGGAACAACUGCCGAUCGUUCUGGAAGGAUUGAUGAUUAUUGGAAAGAAAUCCGACGACGAAAAAUUGGAUUACUUCAAUGUUUAUAUUGAUUCGAUUCCUCUUUUGAGAAGAUUUCAGAUGUGCAUGUAG